AUGAGACAAGACGUGUGCGCCUGCUCUCUCGAACUACCCCCCCACCUGGGGGGAUUGAUAGCCAGCUAUGGAGCGUUACUGGAAUACCGGGUCACGUAUACCGGGUCACGGGCUUCCGUGACUUUGGUGUACGGGGACCCGGUACCACAGAAGAAAGGAAGGUGGAGGAAGAGGAGACGUGCGCCAGCGGCGGCGCAGGGGGAGACAAAACCGGCGGCUAAACCGCCGGCAGCGACUCCGUCUGCUGGAUCGCCCAACGCCGCCCAACUGAAGAGGAAGACGAAGAUGGAAGUGGUCUCGGCCCCAGUCAUCAACGUCCCCUCUGCAGGAACCGAGGAAAGUGACAUGCCGGACUCAGUCUUCUGUAGUUCGUCAUACAUCCGACCCGAUCCGCCUGCCUUUACUUCUGGGCUUCCGGACUUGUCGCCGAUUAAACCGGUGGCACCCGUUGAGACCCAGGCCCGGAAGACGGCUGUUGUUAAGAGGAAGGCGACCACUCCCCCGAGUGCCACUCCAGCCAAGCCAAGUCGCCCGACUCAACCGCCGAAUCCAGAUGAACAACCAGAGGGACCAUGGACACUGAAGGCCGGCAAACUCCAUCCGCGGUUCCAACAGCUGAUGAAGAUCAACAUCGAGGACGUGCGCCAGCUCAUUAGUGAGCCGAAACAUAGCGCAUACCUUCCGCUACCGACCGAGUCCGAUGAAGGGGAAUUUGCUGUCCAUCGAGUCCAGGUGGACGUGGAUAUCACUGCAGUUUGCGUCACCGUUCGCCGGAAGGGAAGAUACAAUCAAGCGCUGCUACUUAAGGAUAUGGACAACCCGUCACUACAUCGCGUCCUCAAAAUCCUGGCGGGGACAGAGUACAGUCACAUCACAAAGAUGGUAGCAGCCUCUCCCUACCGGCGUGAUCUUCCACUACUGGACGCCACCGACUUCAUCGGCUCGCCGUAGCCCCCAACCUCCUAACAACCUUUACCUCCGUGCGCUUCUAUUACGGCGAUUAAACAUCAAGAAAUAUACAGAAGAUGAAAAAAAUUGGACUACAGAUGAAAAGACAGUCGAUAAUCUUGAUGAUGAAGACGAUGAUGUAAUGGGAUUCGAUAUGGAUGUUGACAGAGAAGAGGGGAUAUUAUAUUAGUUUAAAGAUUUGACCAGAUCUUCCUAUCGCGUAAUAUAAUUAUAAAAUAGGAACACUAUCAGUUUUCUUCUUUCUUUUUUUUCCUCUUUUAAUUUUUCUUCCCAUGCGGAUGCCAUUUUGACAAGUUGAUUGAUGUGCCUUUUUCACGAGAAUAUUUCAACAUCAUAUUGUCUGGACCCGCCCCUUUUGUACGCUCUCCUAUCUGUACAAUAAAAUAAUGCCAACACUAAUGUAUAGUACCCGAUUUCAUACAGAAACAGUUCUAAAUUUAAUAAAUACAUUUUUAACGCUGCCUUCGAAAGAAGAAGGGUGGGACGUAGCCCAGCGGUACAGCGCUCGCUUGAGCGGUCGGUCUGGGAUCGAUCCCCGUCAGUGGGCCCAAUGAAGAAUUAACGUAACUUGGAUAAAAUAUUCUCUAUAUUAUUUUAAACUGUUAAAAAUAUACUCUUUAACUAUUGAAUGUAACAUGAAAUA